GGACUGACAGGUGGACUACACAGAUGAUGGAAAACCAACGAGAGGAUUUUAGGAAGUUCACUCUCUACCUUCAGCUGGAUUUCCAUCAUGAGGACGUUUUAAAGAGACUGAGGACCUUCUGAUCAGAGGUUCGAGCUCUGAAGGGAAGCACUAGGGUUGGAGCUGUUACUGUAAUGUGGCUCUUCAUUUAAAACAAACACACGAGGAGUCUGAUGGAAGAUUGGACAAACGUGAACAGUGAAGACCCGGGACAGAGGGACUGUUGGGAUUAUUUUACUCGUGAAAGAGGAUUUUAAGACGUUUGUAGAAAGCCCACCGUUUGGAUGAAAUCUUUCUGAAGAGGUUUUCAAAAGCAUUUUCCAGAAGACUGGGUCCUCCCUGAGCCAGACGUUUGAACGCGAAGAACAAGAGGAUCGGAGGCUCUGAUUGGCCUGUGGAAGAUGGCGGCGAGUGACUGAGGGGAGUCGAACCUGCGUCUCUGGCGGGAUGUUGUCACGCCGCUGCCUGCUGCUCAGCCUGAUGCUCAGCCUGAUGCUGCUCAUCAACACGGUCCACAGCUGGAGAGCCUGCACAGAUCUGCUUCCUCUUGACCUGCUGGAAAGAGCUCUGCCACGCCCAGGACAAGCCCCGCCCCCUCAGGUGCAGAUAGUUCAGUCCAAAGGCUCCCGAGGUCUCCGAUUGGCCGGCGCCAUGGCGACAGCGCUGAGUUUCUCCGCCUCCCAAAUCUUCAGCAACUGCGACUUCUUCCCCGCUGAAUUCUCAUUGGUCGCCACCGUCCAGACCCCAAGGCUGAGGCAGAAGGUGAUCCAGCGGAGACACCAUGGUGCUCUGUUCGGUCUGAGACGGCCCGGUUUAAUGUCUCUGUGUUUCCAGAGGAACGAGUACAUCUUCUCGCUGGUGGAGGAGGCCUCUGACUCUCUGGUUCUGGGGCUGCGAGUCUCAGAGAACCGCCUCCACCUCCUGGUCUCAGGGGCCAAUCCUGAAGGCCGGAGCCGGAUCAGCUUUAAGGAUGUCGGGCUGGACGAUAACCGUUGGCACACCGUGGUACUGGCUGUCACCGGACCAUACGUCACACUGACCGUCGACUGUGGGCUUCCUCUGGAGCUUAAACAGGUCCAGUCGUUCCCCAGCUCUCUGAGCACCAGAGACUCCCGGUUCUUCAUCGGCAGCCGGAAGAGGCUGAGGGGAAGAUUCUCAGGUUUGCUUCGUCAGCUGGUUCUACUUCCUGGUUCAGACGCCACGUCCAGACUGUGUCCGACCUCUGACCCCCGCCUGGCUGAGCUGUCCGUGCCCAGGGUCCUAAAGGCCCCCCUGAUCCAACCAGACCAGCUGGCUCCAGAGUUUCCAUACGAGGCGGAGGCCCGAGUGACCCUAGGAACCCGUCCUUUGUGUUCAGAACCAGAACUGGGUCAGCUCUGGCUUAACGCCCAGAGCCGCGGCUUCUUCAUCUGUGACGGAGUCCGCUGGAGGACGCUGCUUCACCACCAGGAGCGCCUGGACUACGUGGAGGACUACCAGGACCUGUACACCAGCUCAGAAACCUUCGACGUGGAGGUGUUCUCUGUCCCGUCUGAAGGCCUGUUCAUGGCUGCAGCCAACAGGGACUCCCGGCCCGGGUCCGGUCUCUACAAGUGGAGGAACGGGUCAUUCACUCUGUACCAGAACAUCAGCACUCAGGAGGCCCGGGCCUGGAAACACUUCAGCAUCGACGGCAAGGUUUUCCUGGUGGUGGCCAACUCUCGGGAGGUGGAGCCUGAGCUUUCGGUCAUCUAUCGCUGGCAUCAGCGGCGGCGGCGUUUCCUGCGUCACCAAACUCUGGAGACUCACUCCGCUCUGGACUGGGAAUCCUUCAGCAUCCACAACCACAGCUUCCUGGUGGUGGCCAAUCACAGGAGAGCCAGAGACUCCAACCACAACAUCCACAGUGUUAUCUACAGGUGGAACCCAAACACUCAGCUAUUUGAGGUGAACCAGACCCUCUCCACGUCUGGAGCGUAUGACUGGGAGUUUUUUUCCGUCGGACCGUACCACUUCCUGGCUGUGGCCAACACAUUUGAUGGGAGAACAACCGCCAUCAGUUCCACGGUCUACGUCUGGCUGAGCGGAAGCUUCCAGAUCUUCCAGAGCAUCCCGACGCUGGGAGCCACGGACUGGGAGACGUUUCAGAUCGACGGCAGGUUCUUCCUGGCCGUGGCCAACAGUCAGAAAGUGUGUGAGCGCGGGCCGAGUCUGUACAGCAUCAACUCCACGGUGUACGAGCUGAACACACUCACACACUCCUUCAUACGCUUCCAGGACAUCCUCACACACAGCGCGGUGGACUGGGAGUUCUUCACGGUGGGAGAGGAGAAGUUUCUGGUGGUGGCGAACUCUCACGACGGCAGCUCGUACUCUCUGAACAGCGUGCUCUACAGGUGGCAGGGCUACGAGGGCUUCGUCCCGGUCCACAGUCUGCCCACCUUCGGCUGCAGAGACUGGGAGCACUUCAGCACCGAUGAGGGCUCCUUCCUGGUUUACUCCAGCGCCACCUCCAGGCUCAGCAAGGUGUUCAAGCUCAGGACGUUUUGAGAGCAGCUCAUCUGUGACGCCAGGCUUCAGAGACACUGCUGCGGGACUGGUGCGGAACUGGUUCAUAAAUGAUGCAAAACUGGUGGGAAAAACGGGUGCAAAGACAAUGCAAAAGUGGUGCAGAACUGGUGCAGGUCUCCAGUGUCAGUGUAAAGCUUCUCCCUUGUUUCUCGGACCGCUGCAGCUCCGACCUCCUCUGUGGUUUUUAUUUGAAGCACGUUUUAAAACAUGUCAUUGGGAAGUCGUGUUGAGCUCAGCGGAUACGGACAGCGCCCUCUAGUGUCUCAUGUUACACUGUACACUGAAAGAACUAUAACGUUUGGGCAACCAGUGCAGUGGAGUAUUAGGGAGACAGAGGUGAAGACGCUUUGCAAAGGGACUCGGCCAACAUUUGGACUUUUUAAAUCCUGUUCAUAACUUAUAAGUUACUAUAUGAAUCUAGAUGUGGAAUAUAACACAUGUUUUUGAGCUUCUAAAUAAAGUAUGUGCUCUGUAAUCUCCUGGAGAGUUAACACUGAAUAUCUUAUUAUUGCUUACUCUGCUUCUGUUUUCCAAUUUGUGAUUAUUAAAUACAGAUUGUGAUGCUUUGUAAUAACUACAGACUGUAAUGUAAUGGAUGCCAUUUCAUUGUAUAUCACGUAAAUAAAUAGGAGACAAUAAAUGAA